AUGACGGUCAAUGGAUCACACAAGACAGUAAACACAUUAGCAAUCGUAACGGAAAUAAAGGCAAAACCAAAACAUGAAUCAUCACCAGUACUAUCAUCUAAUCAUAAGACUGCAUCAGAAGAACGAACAGUACAAAUAACAUCAUCCACUGGCAAUAGCUCAUUAUCAUCAGCAUCACAAGCUCAAGAACCUAUUGAAAUUUGUCAACUAUUACCAAGGAGUGAAAAACCGUGGGUUAAACUUAUUAUACUUUCAAAAUGUACAAAUAGUAACAAAACUGCAUUAAUUGAAAAAGACAUUAAUUCUGAUAUAAAUAAUCAGAUGAAUAAUUAUAAAAAUCCACAAGAUGAUGAAGUAGCAAUAUUUUAUCAAGCAAAAACAAAAAUCUUUCUUCGUUUAUAUUCUUUUUGUUUACUCAAAAAAGUGACUACACUGAGAUUCGGUGAGUGUGUCCGGCCGUUAACACGAUAA